GUCCCGGAAUCCUCAACAUGUGGCCUGUUAUUGUACUAUUUUUGAUAGCUCUGGGAACAAUCAGUUUUACACAUUAUGCUUACAGAUGGACGAAUCCAAAGUGCAAAAACGGAAAACUUCCACCAGGUUCAAUGGGGUUCCCUCUCAUCGGCGAGACGAUUCAGUUCUUAAUCCCAAGUUACUCCUUGGAUACACCACUAUUUAUAAAAACGAGAGUCUCCAGGUAUGGAACAUUGUUUAAAACUAGUUUGGCAGGCAAAAAGAUGGUUAUAACUACAGACCCGGAGAUCAGCAAUUAUAUAUUCAUGGAAGAAGGAAAGUCGGUUCAUCUGUGGUACAUGGACUCAUUUGAUAACUUUCUAGGAGAGUCUCUAAUAAAUACAACAGCAACGGCUUACAUCCACAAGUCUCUCAAAAAUCUACUUCUCAAUCACGUCGGCACCGAAAGCCUGAAAGACAAGUUGCUUCCAAAAUUAGAAGUGAUGGCCUACCAAGCUUUACAUUCUUGGUCGACUCAACCUUCGGUCGAAAUAAAAGAGUGCACUGCCACUAUGAUUAUUGAGUUCGUAUUGAAGGAACAAUUAGGUUAUGACUCUACUAAAUCUACAAAUAAUUUGGUUAAGAUGUUGUCUGAAUUCAUAAAAGGUAUUAUCAACAUUCCUCUCAACAUACCUGGUACUACAUUCCAUCGAUGUAUGAAGAACCAAAAGAAAGUGUUGGAACUAAUGAAGGACAUCCUACAUGAGAGACAAAAUUCUAGCGCCGAACAUAGAGGGGAUUUUCUUGAUCAACUCAUAGAUGACAUAGAGAAGGAGAAGUUCUUGAGUGACGAAUUCGCUGCAGUUGUAAUGACUGCGCUUGUCUUCGCUAGCUUUGAAACAAUUUCUACUGCUCUUAGUGUUGCUAUGAUGUUUCUAACAGACCAGCAAUCACCUCUGGUGGUGAAUCAAUUACUGGAUGAGCAACAAGCUAUUAUUUCUAGAAGAGAAAAUCCUAAUUCUCAACUUACAUGGCAAGAAUACAAGUCGAUGACUUUUACGUCUCAGGUUAUCAACGAAACACUUAGGAUGACAAAUGGCAUACCAGGGAUAGUGAGAAAGGCCAGUAAAGAUGUACAUAUAAAUGGAUAUGUAAUUCCCAAAGGCUGGAUAAUCAUGGUUGUUCAAACGGCAAUACACAUGAACCCAGACAAAUUCAAGGACCCUCUCUCUUUUAAUCCAUGGAGAUGGAAUGACAUUGGUUCAAAUAUUGUGGGAAAAAGUUUCAUUCCGUUUGGGGGAGGUAAGAGGAACUGUGCUGGCACUGAGUUCACUAAGGUUUUGAUGUCCGUAUUUUUUCAUGUUCUGGUCACCAAAUUCAGUUGGUUAAAAGUCAAAGGUGGACAAGCAGUUCGAUGUCCUGGUUUAUCCGUCAAGGAUGGUUUUCACGUUAAACUCUCACCCAAAAAGGCCUGUGUAUAACAUGUCAAGGAGGAAUUGAUCAGGAAAUUUAAACGACAUGGGUGUUUUUUCUUGAAUUUCCGUUGCGAACUGAAAUCAUGUUGUAACUUAUAAGUACUAUUUUUUAACGGAUGGUACAUGGGCUAUCAUCGGUUGACAGGGAAGUCUUUGAUUGGCCAAGACUAUUUAUUAUGUACUACCUCCGUCUCACAUUAGAUGACCUAGUUAAAAUUUA